CCUUUCCGCCGGAAGUUGGUGUCCGAGUCUCCACGUGCCGUUCCUCCCCCUCCCCACCCGGCCCUGUAGCGGCGGCGGCUCCUCGGCUGCUGCCAUGGAGCCUGCGGAACUGGAACAGAUCCUAAAGGAGCUACUGCUGCCGGACACCGAGCGCAUCCGCCGAGCUACGGAGCGGCUCCAGCUCGCCCUUCGGGACCCUUCUGCCUUGCCUGCGCUCUGCGACCUGUUGGCCUCAGCGACCGACCCUCAGAUCCGCCAGUUUGCAGCGGUUCUGACCCGCAGAAGGCUGAGCACCCGCUGGCGACGCUUGCCACCUGAGCAACGGGAGAGCCUCAAGUCCCUGGUCCUGACAGCCCUGCAGAAGGAGACAGAGCAUUAUGUGAGUGUCAGCUUGGCCCAGCUCUCAGCCACCAUUUUUCGAAAGGAAGGCCUGGAAGCCUGGCCUCAGUUCAUGCGCCUUCUCCAGCACAGUACUCACAGUACCCACAGCCCGGAGAAAGAGGUGGGACUUCUGCUGCUGAGUGUGGUAGUAUCCUCCCAGCCUGAGGCAUUCCACCCCCACCAGCGGGAGCUUCUUCAGCUUCUGCUCGAGACCCUUGGUGAAGGAGGCUUCCCCGGGGUGCUCUUCUACUCCCUGCGCACUCUGACUGCCUUGGCCCCCUACCUCAGGACUGAUGAUGUGCCUCUUGCACGGAUGUUGGUGCCCAAAGUCAUUAUGGCGGUGAGGACUCUGAUCCCUGUAGAUGAGGUAAAGGCCUGUGAGGCCCUGGAGGCCCUGGAUGAACUGCUGGAGUCAGAGUUGCCUAUCAUCACUCCCCACCUCUCUGAGGUCCUCACAUUCUGCCUGGAGGUGGCUAAGAAUGUGGCCCUUGGCGAUACACUUCGUGUUCGUAUUCUUUGCUGCCUGACUUUCUUGGUCAAAGUCAAAAGUAAGGCCUUGCUGAAGAACCGCCUCCUGCCUCCCCUGCUGCAUGACCUUUUCCCUAUUAUGGCUGCUGAGCCACCUAUAGGCCAGCUGGACCCUGAAGACCAAGAUUCUGAUGAUGAUGACUUGGAGAUUGGGCUGAUGGGGGAAACUCCCAAGCACUUUGCAGUGCAGGUUGUGGAUAUGCUGUCACUACACCUUCCUCCGGAGAAGCUCUGUCCCCAUGUGAUGCCCAUGCUGGAAGAAGCCUUUCAGAGUGAGGCCCCAUACCAGCGCAAAGCAGCGUUCCUGGUGUUGGCUGUCCUAUCUGAUGGUGCUGGUGACCACAUCAGGCAAAGACUGCUGUCCCCACUGCUGCAGAUCGUGUGCAAGGGCCUGGAUGACCCCUCACAGGUUGUUCGAAAUGCUGCUUUGUUUGCCCUGGGGCAGUUUUCAGAGAACUUGCAGCCCCAUAUCAGCAGCUAUUCAGAGGAGGUGAUGCCAUUGCUCCUUGCCUACCUGAAGUCAGUGCCUAUGGGGCACACACACCACCUGGCCAAGGCCUGCUAUGCCCUGGAGAACUUUGUGGAGAACCUAGGGCCCAAAGUGCAGCCCUACAUUCCGGAGCUUAUGGAUUGUAUGCUGCAACCUCUGAGGAACCCCAGCAAACCCCGGACCAAGGAGCUAGCCGUGAGCGCCAUAGGGGCCAUUGCCACAGCUGCCCAAGACUCCCUGCUGCCCUACUUCCCCACCAUCAUGGAGCAUAUCCGGGAAUUCCUGUUGACGGGCCACGAAGACCAUCAGCUUGUGCAGAUCCAGAGCCUGGAGACCCUGGGAGUGCUGGCCCGAGCUCUGGGAGAAGCCAUGAAGCCCCUGGCUGAGGAAUGCUGUCAGCUGGGGCUGGGGUUAUGCAGCCAUAUAGAUGACCCUGACUUGCGGCGCUGCACGUACAGCCUGUUUGCAGCCUUAUCAGGGUUAAUGGGAGAGAACCUGGGACCCUACCUGUCUCAAAUUACCACGCUCAUGCUGUUGUCACUGCGUUCCACCGAGGGCAUUGUGCCCCAGUAUGAUGGCAUCAACUCCUUCCUUCUAUUUGACGAUGACAGCGAAGCAGAAGAAGAGGAGGAUCUCAUGGAUGAGGAUAUGGAAGAGGAAGAGGAGGAGGAAGAGGACUCUGAGAUCUCGGGGUACAGUGUGGAGAAUGCCUUCUUUGAUGAGAAAGAAGAUACUUGCACUGCCCUGGGGGAGAUCUCUUUGAACACCAGUGUGGCCUUCCUCCCAUACAUGGAUUCUGUCUUUGAUGAAGUAUUCAAACUGCUGGAGUGUCCUCAUCUGAAUGUGCGGAAAGCAGCUCAUGAAGCUCUGGGACAGUUCUGCUGUGCGCUGCAUCAGGCCUGUCAGAGAAGCCCUUCAGAACCCAACAAUGCUGCUCUGCAGCGCUCCUUGGCUCGAUUGCUACCGUCUUACAUACAGGCUGUGAAAACAGAAAGGGAACGGCCAGUGGUGAUGGCAGUGCUGGAGGCCCUGACGAAGGUGCUGUGCACCUGUGGGGCUCUCGCGCUGCAGCCGGCUGGGCGCCUCAGUGAGCUCUGCGCCAUGCUCAAGACUGUGCUGCAGAAGAAGACAGCCUGUCAGAACUCUGAGGAUGAUGAUGAUGAUGAUGAUGACGACGAACAGGCAGAGUAUGAUGCCAUGUUACUCGAGCAUGCUGGAGAGGCCAUUCCUGCCCUGGCCGCUGCGGCUGGAGGACAUGCCUUCGCUCCGUUCUUCGCCAAUUUCUUGCCAUUGUUACUGUGUAAGACGAAACAGAGCUGUACAGUGGCAGAGAAGUCCUUUGCAGUAGGAACCCUGGCAGAGUCCAUACAGGGUCUGGGAGCUGCCUCAGCCCAGUUUGUGUCUCGGCUAUUCCCUGUGCUGUUAAACACUUCCCGGGAAGCAGACCCUGAGGUGCGGAGCAAUGCUAUCUUUGGGCUGGGCUUACUUGCAGAGCAUGGGGGCUGCCCUGCUCAGGAUCACUUCCCUAAGCUACUGGGCCUCCUUUUGCCCCUCCUGGCAAGGGAGCGACAUGAUCGAGUCCGUGAUAAUAUCUGUGGGGCGCUUGCCCGUCUGCUGAUGGCCAGUCCAGCAAGAAAAGCUGAGCCCCAGGUGCUGGCUACCCUGCUACAUGCCCUGCCACUGAAGGAAGACAUGGAGGAGUGGAUCACUAUAGGUCGUCUCUUCAGCUUCCUGCACCAGAACAGCCCUGAGCAGGUUGUUGAUGUGGCUCCGGAGCUCCUGCGUAUCUGCAGCCUGAUUCUAGCAGACAACAGGAUCCCGCCAGACACCAAGGCGGCACUGCUGCUGCUCCUGACGUUCCUGGCCAAACAGCACACCGACAGCUUCCAUGCAGCCCUGGGCUCGCUGCCUGCUGAUAAAGCUCAGGAACUUCAGUCCAUGAUGGGCCUCACUUAGACUAUAGGCCACAGCUGGGCCAGAGGGCCCAAAGAGUACCAGUCAGUCCAGGUACAGCUGCCCUUACCAAAGACUCUGUCCACUGGAAGUCAACCAUGCUUGCUGUCUUAACAGGGGUGUCUCUGGGGCUGGAUCUGUUACAAGCAGAGCUGUGACAUCAUACUGUAAUAAAGGCAGCUUGUUUUCUGCUUGGAUGCUA